CAACAGAGGCCGAAAAACGCAUCCUCUUACCAUUUUCCUCUAUGGACGACCAGGCCCAACCACCACCACCGAAUCACGAUGAUCCGACGGCCGAGAACGACGGCGAUCCUUCCUCCACCGUCCUCGAUCUCACCAGCUUCCAACUCCACGACCUCCACUCGGUCGAGUUACCGCCGAGUCUCACCGAGUUAGACCUCACCGCCAACCGCCUCUCCUCCUUGGACACUCGCAUUGGAACCCUCUCCAACCUCACCAAGCUCUCCUUCCGUCAGAACCUCAUCGACGACGCCGCCGUCCAACCGAUCUCCGCCUGGACCGCCCUCUCCGGCCUCGAGGAGUUGGUGCUGAGGGAUAAUAAGCUGAACAAAAUACCUGAUGUGAGCAUCUUCAAGAAGCUUCUGGUUUUCGACGUCUCUUUCAAUGAGAUUACAUCGUUGCAGGGGCUUUCCAAGGUCUCCAGCACCCUCAAGGAGCUCUAUGUCUCCAAAAAUGAAGUUACUAAGAUUGAGGAGAUUGAUCAUCUCCAUCAGCUUCAAAUUCUUGAGCUAGGUUCAAACCGGUUAAGGGUGAUGCAGAGUCUGGAAAAUAUGACAAAGUUAGAAGAGCUGUGGCUGGGACGGAAUCGUAUAAAGGUAGUUAAUUUAUGUGGGCUGAAAUGCAUUAAGAAGAUUAGCUUGCAAAGCAAUCGGUUAACUUCUAUGACUGGAUUUGAGGAAUGUGUUGCGCUUGAGGAACUGUACUUGAGCCAUAAUGGGAUUUCCAAAAUGGAAGGCCUCUCAACCUUGGUUAACCUGCGUGUGUUGGAUGUAUCUAAUAACAAGCUAACAUCAGUGAAUGAUAUCGAAAACCUAACAAUGUUAGAAGACCUGUGGCUUAAUGACAACCAGAUAGAGUCAAUUGAAGGCGUUGCUGAGGCUGUUGUUGGUUCCAGAGAGAAGCUGGCUACUAUCUAUCUUGAACACAAUCCAUGUGCAAAGAAUCCAAACUAUUCCGCUGCAUUGAAAAAAACCUUCCCGAACAUACAGCAGAUUGAUUCUAAUAUUUUUGCUUAAAAGUUAUGGUGACUUCAGUUUUGUCAACAUGAUUUCUAUGAAGGCACUGGAAAUCUAUAGCUGCAAUACAGGCCAAUGUCCAAGAUUCUUGCUUCAUAUGACUAAUUCGAUGGAUGGCCGGUACCAAGAGGAUAUGCUCUAUAAAGUAGUUGCUAGAGUUUAUAAUGUUGACUGAAUUUUCAUGUUAUUUAGACCACCUCCUAGUCUUUCGUUACUCCUUUUCCUUUCUGACUAAUUUUAUGAGGUGAAGUUGAGAUUUUAGAUUUUCGUGUGACUUUCUGAUUGUAUUAUCUUGCAAUUGUGAGAUCUCGAAUUUUCAACUUAUGAAUGUAUCAAAGCUUUUACUUCUUCC